AUGUUGCCCGAACCACGCCAUCACCACGCAGGCGCCAUUGUGGGCGACAAUGUCUACGUCAUCGGUGGACUGAACAGCCGUCGCACUCUGACCGGUCGACCCCGUCCUCUGGCUUCGUGCCUGUGUUACCAGCUGGGAGAGCGUCAGUGGACACAGCUGCCGGAUCUUCAGGUGCCAAGGGCCUACCACGGUUGUGCUGCAGCGCAGGGUACCCUGUUCGCUGUAGGUGGGCGUGAUAAGCGAGGAAGGCUGCUGGACAGCAUUGAGUGCUGGGAGCCCAGCUCUCAACGCUGGCGAGUGCUUACUGAGCCGUUGAGUCUUGGGCGAAUGGGUGCUGCCGUGGCUGCUUCGGGAAAGGUGGUGUGCGUGGCCGGUGGUGUGGCACGCACGGACGACGGUCGCCUGUGGUUGCUCGCAGACGUCGACUGUUACGAUCUUCAAGCACGCAGGUGGUAUCGCGGUCCUCGGCUCCCGUGGCCGGUCUGCCUGGGAUCGUUGGUAUCCACCGGUUCAGGUGUACUGGUGCACGUGGGUGGCCUCUCCCUUUGCUCUGAAGGAGCUGCAGGAGGCGCCACAGUAGAAAAAGUACCCGUUGCGGGCGGCGCCAUUUUCGGGAAAGCAUUCCAGCAGCCAGACCCCGGGGCAGCUGUGGACGCCCGUGCCUUUCGCAGUCGUUCGGAUGUAUUGUUCUGGGACCCGUCUUCGGCUGACGGUCGCUGGAAAUCACUGUGCCCGCUUCCUGAACCUAGGCAUGGCAGUGGUGCUGCCGUCUGCAUCAAUGAGGACACCCUGUACGUCCUAGGCGGCCUCUCUACCUUCUCAGAAAGGGCCCCUCUGGAGGUGCUGGCAGCGUCCACAGCAGACUCAAGUGACCGCUCUUUCUACCGAGCCUGCAAACUGCCGGGUCCUAUCGUGGGGUCUCUCGCACUGCCGCUGCCAGAUGUCGCCACUAUACCAGUCACUCGUCGGCGAUCUUCGUCAUCUUGAUGCGAACAUCUAUCCACAUGUCGUCAUAACUCCUGCC